AUGCCAAUCCAGCUAUGGGGUAAAGAUCAGAUCAAAGUUGUUUACGAACAAGACCGUAAUGACGAUUUCACACCCUGGAGUGCACAACAUAGUAAUCACUUUCAACGUCCCGGGUUAUCAGGGUUGAUCCACAAGGUCAAAUCAGGAGCGCAAAGAUUCACGGCAAGCGCUUCAGAUAUGUCGAUUUGGCGCAUCGGAAUUACUCAUUGGACCAUGCUGACUAUUUGGCUGGUGUUGCUGGCCAAAUUUUCGACCCUUUACGCACCUUGGUACGCGCGCUCAGCAAUACUGACAACCCUGUGCACCAAUGCUAUCCUCUUUGGCAUUUCCGACAUUCUGGCCCAGUGUAUCAGCCAGUAUAACGGGUCCACUAAUAUGCAGCUGCCGCAGUUUUUGUCCUUCGAACCCGCAGAGAGCUUGGAUCUCGAUAUUGAAGAUAACGUUUCAAUGUUCAACGAUUACGGGCCAUCUACCACCAUAAACUCUGAAGAAGGACCAGUCUCUUUCACAAAAAAAUCAGGAUUUGGAUUCUACCGCUGGUUUUGCUUCAUGGCAUGGGGCUCUGGGUUGGCGUUUUUCCAAGUACCUUGGUACCGCAUCCUAAAUUUUCUAUAUACAGAAGACCCCACCGUCGUACAAACCUUAGAGCGAGUGUUAUCGGACCAGCUGGUCUACUCUCCGAUCUCGCUUUACUGCUUUUUUAUGUAUUCCAACUAUGUCAUUGAGAAAGGUGACUCGACAACUUUCAAAGCCAAGAUAGGAAGAGUUUACCUCGGUACGUUGGGCUUCAAUUAUGUUCUCUGGCCCCCUGUGCAAUUCAUCAACUUCUUGCUGAUGCCAAAGCAUUUUCAGGUACCUUUCAGUUCUUCAAUUGGAGUUUUGUGGAAUUGUUUUCUAUCGAUACGCAAUGCAUCUAACUCCCUUUGA